UAGAAGAGGAAUAUGGCUUUGAAGAGGUUGGGUCAUCGAGAAUUUCUUGUAUGGAAGAGCAAUGUGCCAGCAUGCCAGAUCGAUUUACUGAUUUCGACAAUCGCGACAUUAUUCGCCAAAGUCAAGGUCUGCCCACGGAUAAACACGACUACCAGCAAAGGAAGAUACAAGUAAAUGUGCCCGCUAACCACUUAGGUGAACCUGAAAAUAUGGAGACAACGGAUAUGCGCCCGUCAACGCCCAAGCAUCUUUCAAGGUACAGACGCUACAGCGAAAAAAACGACGAUUACGAUUUGGGGGAUGAGCCAUUCGAUGAUGCUCAUUGGGAAUCUGAUGAACCGCCUGAUCAUGUUGAAGAAAAACUUUACGAGUUAGGAGGUGGAAUGAGACUUGGUCUACUGGAACAACUUACGGAAAUGCCCGAUAUAGAUGAAAUUUCAUCAUCAAUAUCCGAAGAAACUAUCGGGUUAGACAAUGAAAAACCGGAACGUUUACAACAAAGUGAUAACGAUUUUGAGCUUGAUUUUGUUGAUAUGAAAGAGUAUGCGGAAGAAGAAAAGGAACAACUCGCGGAAUUCGCUAUAACCGAAGACAAUGAGUUAUUGGAACUCGAAAAAUGGGAUGCUGAUCAGGAGCAAAGUGAGGAAACAAAAUUAGCGCAUGAAAAGGAGGAAAUGUCUGAUUUCGAACUGUUCGUGACAACUAAAGAACCAGAGUUCGACCAAGCGCUGUUGCAGGAUACACGGCAGCAAAACGAAGCUAUUGUAACUGCAUUUGUCGAAGAGCUAAUUCAGUUAGUCGUUGAGGCGGCGGAGUACAAGGAUACUAGGGACGUACUACGCAAAUCCAUCGACAAGAGAAAGCUGAUGGAUGAGAUUAGUGAAAAACUUAGAGAACUCGAAAUUGAACAGAGCGCGCGGCUUUACCUCAAUCGGAAAGUAGUUGACCAUCUUAAGCGCAAACGACAAUUUCAUGCAAUUAUAGAAGAUCCAGCCGAAAGCGUUGAGUAUUGGAUGGCUAAAUAUCGCGAGCAGUUGCAGAAAUACGAUGAAAUGUUGGGAAAGGAGGAAGAAUUGAAAAGGGUGACCACAACAAAAAUGAUUGAAUUAAAUGAGAUAUUGAAGGAGAGAGAGCAUAGAUAUGAAGAAGAGGCGAAAGAGUUCGAGCGCAUUGUAAGAAAGGCACUUCUACCACAUGAGGGUACGGUGAAUACAAAGAAGAUGUCAAAAAAGAGCGCAAAAUAUAAGGAUUAUUUAAAAAACAUUAACGCCAUGUUGAACGAAAUCUCUACUAAACGCAAGGAAAUAUCAAAUACACGACUGAUGCUUAUUAAAAAGCAACACUUAUUUGCUGAAUUGAAAGAGAGAUUGAGUGAAAUUGGGAACGUGGGCCAUGGUCCGAAUGUGACUCAAUUCGAGAAUUUGCAAAAUGAAGUUGAGCAGUUGAGCAAGAAAUUGGAAGAUCGCAAUACUGAACUUGCAAAGGCUCGUCUUCAACGUCAACUCGAUGUGCACAUUAGUACGCAUAUGAAGGAACGUAUGCUCAUGUUGCGCAAUACGCUUGCCGUGCAGAGGCUCAGCUAUUCAACUUGGCUGCAGAAAAGACAAGAAACUCGCCGUGCACUACACCAGCAGCAAAUGAUUCGUACGCAGAUCCGUAAAGAUAUUAAGGAGCUUGAUUUUCAAGGUGGCAUACUAUCGAAACCCGCACUAAUGUUGGACUAUGACAACACUGUGGCCGAAGUGGGGCACAAGCAAGAGAUUGUUCGGGGAUUGCAUUUUCAGUAUAAGAAAAUAAGUGAAAAAAUUGCAAAAUAUGAGCAAAUGCUUGCUUCUGGGGUUCCAAAUAAAUUAAAAGUGAAUGAUUGAAAG